AUGCAGGCCACAUCUGCUAACGCCACCACUACCACCGCAGUUCCUACCAAUCAGUGGUCUGAGAUCAGAACUCUAAUCCACCAAGCUCUUGACUUGAGGAGUAUGAUUAAUUGUAGUCAAGUUUCAAAAUCAUGGAGCGCCGAAUUCACUCCAAGGAUAUGGAACACAAUUAACCUCAGUAGUCAGCCUCGGUUUUCAGAGCUGCCAUCAAAUAUCAUUGCUAAGAAUGGACAACACAUUCGUAUUGUCAGAACCGUCCGAAAAAAGUCGGAGUUUGAGCUUUUUAGGGAUCCCAGUAUCCAAAACAUUGAACAAAUUCGAGUCAGACCCAAGCCUAGUUGUCGACAGCAGACUUUCCAGCUCAUCCGAAGGAACUCGCGUACCCUAUUAAAACUGGACAUCAGAAUGGGGAAGUCCAUUAUAUCGCAUCCAGACUUUGCACUAGAGGACGCAUUUGUCUCACCUGACCUAGAUUUUAUGCCGAGGCUCACUGAACUUCGAAUUCAAAAUCUUACGAUGACCCGAAAAGCGCUUUCAACUUUACUCUCACGAUGUCCAAAUCUGACAUACAUCGAUAUCCUAUCAUGCGCUAUUCAUGGUGAUGGACGAAGUCCAGGGGAACUAUAUCAGCAUAAAGGCGUCAUCUACCUCCAUGCCUCAUACCAUCGAGUUUUCAACCCAGAUCCUGAUUCACCAUCAGACAGUGAUACUGCGGUAGUUCCAUUACUCGCACACUUUCCAAAACUGGAAUACUGGAACGUGUGGGCGCAUAACAUCCAACUAAAGGAUUCCGGAGUCGAAUCCAUCGAAACCGCUAUUAAAAAGUACAGCCCGGGAGUCAAGAAGCUAACCGCAUAUCGAGCUACUGGUUCAAUAGUGCAUGAUUUGCUCGCUAAAGCGUUUAAGAACAUUGAGUCUAUUUGUUUUAAUUAUGAAAAUCUGUCAACUUCUGGAAUCUUGGGUUUCCUUUUGCACAGUAGCACAUUGAGGACCCUCCGAGCCAUAGACCCUAAUUUUAGAGACUGGAGUUAUGAUGCGGACCGGGUGAUCCCUGUGCCAGACCCACUUCCAAAUGCGUGGAUGAUUCACAUGAUCUUUUCGAGAUGCGCGUUCUUGACGUCUGUAGACCUUCCAGAGCAUGAGUUGGACAUGGACAUAAUUGAUAUUUUCCCAUGGGCGUGUAAAGACCUGGCUCGACUUCGCAUUCGAAUCAAGGGACUCGAUACCAAAGAGCUCAUCAUGGCAAUGAUCCGUAAGUGGUCUCGUGGGGUUUACAUCAGACGGAGACAAAGAUGGAUGGGCGAACAGGGGCAGACUGCAAGUAAAUAUGAAGGUAAAGCGAUCAAAACUCCAGAUAGCCUUGCUGCUAUCCUUGAAGAGGUUGCACGAGCAUUAAUGACGGAUAGAAGUGAUGGAAAGGAUGAAAUAGAUGAUAUGAUAAGCAACGAUUUUAACAGUAUUGUUCCUUUAGAAAUCGAGGGUGAACCAGCAAACCCUGUUGUGGACAGAGUAGCAGCCCACCUGUUGAAGUUUGAAAAGCUCAGUGAAGUCUGGCUAGGAUACAAAGUCUGGAGGUUGUAG